AUGCGGCCUCUUCGGCUCCUGUUCUCCCUAUGCUCCUGCGUCGUCGCCCUCGCCCUGCUCCUGUAUACAACCCUCCCUUCGAGAUCGCACCAGAUUGCGCCAAACGUAUCGAAUCAGAAGAAGAGUAGAUUACACGCCCUCUUCUCCUUCCAUACCCCGUCCUCCCUCUUUCCGCCGUCCGCAAUCAUCAGCCUCACUGACGACAACUCGACCUUCUUCCUUGCUCGAUCUGCAGCAUUCGGGCCUCUACUGCCCAGCAAAGGCCUGAGCGGACAGCUAUGGAUAGGCAGCGGCUUCGCGGAUGACAGCGUCGGUCGGGGUGGUGUUGGUGCGAGAUCAGAGGGCGAACUCGGGUGCAGCGAUGUACCUGGUUGGGAAGGUGGAGGAAGAAAGCUAGCUGGAGGUGUCGAAUCGGAUGCUUCUUCGAGGAAGUCCACUAACGGCUCGCCGCUACGCUUCGAGGCUGCAAAGGAUAAAGCUGGCAAGUCGAAGAGGGGGGAUAUACCGAGAAAUGCUGCGGAGGCGGGAGAUAGUACGGACACUGCUUCUCGGCCUGCGGAUGGGACGGACGACUACCUUCACGAGCCUUUGCCCGCCUCGAACGAGCUGAAGAAUACUGCCCAUGGGUCGGUCACGGAAGCCGGUAAGACACCUGAGCACGCCGAUAUUCAGUCGCUGCAGGAAAGCGCCGAGAUAACCGGAAGGAUUGUUCUGCUCAGUCGCGGCGGCUGCGGCUUUUUAGAGAAGGUCAAGUGGGCGCAAAGAAGAGGAGGCGUUGCUGUGAUCGUUGGAGACGACAUCCGUGGCGGGCCGCUAGUGACAAUGUAUGCGAAAGGAGACACGUCGAACAUCACCAUACCGGCGCUAUUCACGUCUCAUACUACUGCUCAUUUAUUGUCAUCACUCAUUCCCUCAGGUGGCUACAUCGAGGACAUAUCCGUGGAAGACGCGCUACGACUUGGCCUGAAAGUGCCGAAGGGCAGCAAAAGUAAGGUCUCUGGAUCUGAGAAGCAGAUCAACCAGGAUCGUCCAACUUUCACACGCACAGUGACCUCCUCGCAACAGACUACGGCCGCGAAACCUGCGGUGAAGCAAUCAAUUUACAAAAGUGAGGGAAACCAAGCUACAGAUGUCGAGAUCCCUCAAAGCAACGGCUGGUUUAGGUGGAUCUUCGGUUGGGGCAGCGGCGCAAAGGCUACAGGCCGCGACGACAGACGACCUCCAAGCAGCGGCCACAUUGACUGGGUUCUAAUCGAGGAUUGGAAUGAAGAUCAAGACAUCAAGCUCAGUAAUAAGCCGAUCCAGGCGCAGAACGCGAAACAGAAACCUACGGCAACCUCAUCACGCCUGUCUGCAGAUGACUUUGUUAUCGGAGUUCAGGAUUGGAGGGACAAAGACUUGCUGCCAAGGCAGACUGUUGCAGUCCAAGAAAGAGCACCAAGCGACCGGAGCAUAGAUGAUGUCUCCCCCAACGGCCAUUUGAAAGGCGGGAAUGCGCUUCCGGCAAGCGGCGAGUAUGAGAAGCCUGGAAACAACGCUGGUGGAGCUGCUGCUAAGCUCAAGCCAUCUCACGAAGAUGCAGGUGCUAAAGGAGACGAGCACAAACCGGCUGAGAAGAGUGACGGCUGGCUGAGGAAUCUCCUUGGCUCCAACAAUGCAGAUCCGCCGAAGCCAGAGUCUACCAAGCCCUUUCAAAAAUCUCCCACAGCGAGCCGGAAACACCAAAGCGCAGAUACUUCUACAGACUCAAGCAUCCUGCACGAAGGGCUAUGGGUCACCCUCACCCCCACCGCAAUGUCCGCGAGCCCCUUCUUUGACACUAUCCUCGUCCUCGUAGUCUCCCCUCUCGUGACCCUCACAGUCGUCUACGCCCUCCUCCUCCUCCGUUCACGCAUUCGACGGCGCCGCUGGCGCGCGCCAAAAUCGGUCGUCGAGCGCCUUCCAGUCCGCACCUAUCACACCAUCCCCAGCGAUGCCACCUCUCCUACAACCCCUCUAGCUACGCCUCCGAGUCCGGGACUCACGACCCCACUCCUAGGCUCUAACCGGCCGACACUAGCCUCGCGGCCAUCGCGAUCACGGCCACGGUCGCGAACGGCGUCGGAGGUGCCACCGCAAACUUCGGCAUCUUCGCUUCGUAGCGGCAGUAGGCAUGGCAACCAGAGCCACGACUCAACGAACUCGGAGGAGAAGCGCGAGGCAGGGCUCGCGGAAUGGAGGAGGCGGUACGGCGGCCGGCAGAAGGAAUGCGUCGUUUGUCUCGAGGAAUACGUGGACGGCGUAUCUAGAGUCAUGAGUUUACCUUGUGGCCAUGAGUUUCACGUUGAGUGCAUAACUCCAUGGCUCACCACCCGCCGCCGCACCUGCCCAAUCUGCAAAGGCGAUGUCGUGCGCUCGCUAGCCCGCGGCAGCCCCUCAAGACCAUCUUACCGCGACAACUUCGGCUCCGGCCUCGACGACGCCGCCGAAGAAGACGUCCAGGAGGAAGCGGCAUUGGCUCGCAAUGAUUCCGUCAUGGCGAACCGGCCUGUCUCGCUCAGCCGGGCGGCGUCCGAGGACGAAGCGCUGUAUGAGGACGUUGAGCGUGGCGAGGAGGAUGCGGAUGAGGGGACGGAGAGGGAGAGUGGGGACGAGGGACGCUGGGCGGAGUUUAGUGCGGCGGUUUCGAGGGGGUUGGGGAGUCUGAGUCUGAGGAUGCCGGGGAGGAGGAGGCCACCGCAGGAGCUGCCUGAUCGAGAUCGCUGA